ACCUUGCCAACCUUUCAACACCAACAACUUGCUCUUCCUCUUACUGAACAUCCUCUCUUGGUAUUUCUACUGAAUAGCUUCGCGCUACCCCGCGGACUAAGGUACACUUUUCUCACCUAUUUUUACCCGCCCGCCUGGCUCGCGGGCUCCAGUAUCCGAUCUCAGCUAAACCAGGUCCAACAGAGCCAUAAGAGCAGGGACCACCAGCUGUUCUAGGCUUUUGGCUUCAGCACCCUUCGGCCGUUGUUACAGGCUGCCUCCCCCCCAACCCAACCUCAAUUGAUUUGAUUCCAACAACCUAAACGUUCCGUUAUCGCUCCACUCACUCUCAUCCAUUAUCAUCAUCCUUUCAAAAACUCCAACUUUUCUUUGAUCACGCAUCAAACUGCCUGAGCAACAGUGGAGAGAGAGAGAGAGAGAGAGAGAGAGACCCUAGGCUGUCAAUACCACCUUCUCCAUACACUACCGGCCCCAAGCGAGAUGCCCUCUGUGGUGACCCCCGUCGUCUGACGCCCGGCCCCUCCCCCAUUCUAUCGUGUCCCCAUCUGCAUCAGCUCCAAUCCCCAUCCCAACCCAUCGCGGGACAUUCGGUAACUCUUCCUAUCGAGACCAAGCUCCUUGCUCUUGUCCCACUCGAUAUCGCUCAACACAGCACAACUCAAACCACAAACUACACCUCUCCUCUACAACACCCCUUCCUCUUUUUCUCCUCACGGUUAUCGUUGACGACAACACCCCUGCCCUGGUCCACGCCAGAUAAGACCAGCCCAAGUGCGCCAUCGCGCCACAUAACCACGCUGCUCUCCUCGCUCUUCUCCUUCACAUCUUCACCAUGGGCAACUCCAACACAAAAGAGUCUCGUCCCGAGGGCGAUCCUCGCCAAUAUGCAGGUCCCGGCGAUCCCUCAGUGCGCGAGCAUCUACAAACCGCCAACUCGAGAUCGAACCGACGGAUGAGCAGAGCAGAGAUAAACAUAUUUGGUAUCGGUCCCAGCUCCUCCCGCAAUCGUGAGCAACCAGAUGUUCCCUUUGAGCGUCGCGAGACAAAGCAGGAGCGCGAGGCGAGGAGGUUAGAAAGGGAGCGCGUGGCUCGGGCGAAGGAGCGGGAGAGGAGUAUGCGCGAAGAACACGUUGAUGGUGGUUAUCUGGUGACAUUGGGCACCUACACUGGUACCGAGGACUUUAGCAAGCCUGUCGUGAGGCAGCUACAGAUAGAGAGAAAGCUUGCGCCAUUCUGGCGAGGCCUCAAUGAUUGGUCUUCGAGUUGGGCAGAGCAUCAACUCGUCGCUGCUGCCCGUGGCCUUCCUAUUCCCCCCGCCGAUGCGCCUCCCGACCCAGAAUUGAUUCCGCAACCUCCCCCUGCAGAGAAUCCAUCUCCUUCGAGCCAGAACCUCCAGAACUUGACGGUGCCUAUGGGACCUAGGACACUUUCUGCCGCAUCGGAUCGCAGUGGAUCAAACACACCCUCCGGUCUUCCUUCGCCGUCGACACCUGGAGCGAGCAAGUCGCCUUUCAAGCCUCGAGCCAAGGCUCUUGCUGCUGCGCUCAGCGGUGGUUCCCGAAAUGCAUCUUCAACCGAUUUGUCGCCCAAGGAGAUCGCUCUCCCUCAUGAUCCCUUUGUGAACGGCCAACCCAUGGAGGUUUUCCUGUACAAAGACGCUGAAGAGUGCCCAAUCUGCUUCCUGACAUAUCCUCCUUACUUGAACCGCACCAGAUGUUGCGACCAGAAUAUCUGCAGCGAAUGCUUCGUUCAGAUUAAACGCGCUGAACCUCACCUUCCUGAGCAUCACCCGAACGGUGAAGCUCGGGAUCCUAAUGAAGGUCUCAACCCGGACGAUCCGCCCGAGAUGCUUAUCUCGGAGCCUUCGGCAUGCCCCUACUGCCAACAGCCCGAAUUCGGCGUCACAUACGACCCUCCUCCCUUCCGCCGAGGCCUUGCCUACUCGGGCGGCCCAUCGCAUGGUACAGCCAUGUCUUCGCAGACGUCACUAAACAGCACACUACAGACCCCACCCAUACCCGGCCGUCGACGCGCACAUAGUUUGUCUGCGAACGCGCCGAAUGUCAUCACCACCGAUCGCGUGCGUCCCGACUGGGCGUCGAAACUCGCAUCAGCGAGGAACCACCAAGCUCGAAGAGCUGCAGCGGCCACUGCCCUUCACACGGCUGCAUUUCUCAUGGGCGGAAACGAACAGAGAUCGAUUCUUCGCCCGGGUCGAUUUGGCCGAAGGAACACUGGAAACAACGAUUCAAAUGCUAGUCCCAGCCCCAGCGGGCAGGGUCAAGCAGACGGUGCACAGGACGACGCGAGCGAGGGACCGGAACCUGGAGCUAGAGGAUCUUCACGGAACGGUACAGGACGAAGGAGUCGCAUGGACGAACUCGAGGAGAUGAUGUUUAUGGAGGCUGUUCGUCUUUCUCUUGCUUCUGAAGAAGAACGCAAACGUAAGGAGGAAAAGGCUAUUCGAAAGGAGACUAAGAGACGAGAGAAGGAGGAACGCAAAGCCGCCAAGAAGGGUGGAAAUCCAUACAGCGGAAGUGCAAGUGGUGCGAGCGCUAGUAGCUUGUCACUCGGAGGAUUGGGUCGACGACGAGGCAACAGUACUGCCAGCAAUCUCCGUGUUGAAGCUACAAUGUCUAGGGCAUCACACGCUUCGAGCACCCCGGACUCGCCAGCAGAACCCAAGGCUAAGGACGAUGGGCCCGCUGGAAAAGGUAAGGGAGUGGAUCGAGGUGCAUCCGACAGCCAGGCUGGACCAACAUCGUCAUCGAGUUCUCUGCCACUACCGGCUGGACCUUCGCGUGGAGGAUCACAUCUUAGGCAGAUGAGCAAUGCCUCCUCCGUUGGGUCUUCAGUCAACGACAGUCCUGUUGGCACAUACACAGGGCCCGACUACCUGGGCGGCGACUUGGGUCCUCGGUCUAGUGGACUGAGCCUCGGCGCCUACAGUGACGACGGAGAACGCGACGGUGGAAGCGCCGGAUCCGAGCCCAUGUUCAACUUUAGCAGUCUUGCUCAAAUGGUCGGCGCCGAUCUCGAAAACGGCCAGAUGCGCCGCGACGAGGAGGGAGAGUCUCACGAUACACAUGGCCGACCACUCUCACAAGUGAAGGAGGAUGAGAAGGAGGAUGCAGAGGCAGAGCACGUCGAGGGUGUGACAACUGCCAAGACAGAAGUUGUGCCUAGUUCUCUCGCGGCUCCGGCUGUCAUGAUCACACCAGAAACUCCUGCGCCUGUGGAUGAGGCAGAACAUGAGGCUAAGCAACUCGGACAUUCUGGCUUUACAACGGUGACGGGUCGACCUGCUACGGAACAGAGACACAUUUAGAUGGUAUUUUGAAGCAAGAGAGGGAUUUUGGGAUGCAUAGGCUUUUAAACAUACGACGGACGGAAGAAGCGUUGUCGGGGAAUGUACUUUGUAUAAGAGCACCAUGUGUAGUAGUCUAUACAGAUAACAGGCAUGUAUUAUCUAUGCCACGAGGAUCACCACAAUGCUCACUGGUAUCAAAUGUUUUAUUCUUUACUUCGUGGUCCGUCUAUGUCUUCUUGACUUCAACCUUGAACUUCUCCAUCCACUCACUAAACUCAUCACUCUCCCCCUGCCACCCAAGCUUGAGAACCUCACUCACACCAACCGCACUCUCAAAACAAUCCUCCAUGAGGCUAUCGAUCUCCUCCGCAUCGAGCUCGUAGAACGCACCGGCCAAAUCCCCGAAUUUAUGCGGCAACGUCUCGAGAACACUUGCUGCUCUGUCCAGCUUGGAGGGAAUGUCGCCUGUGGUGGUGUCCUUGGGAAGUUUCUUGAAGCGCCGCUUGGAGAGGGCCUGGUACAGAAGGACGAUCAUUCGGAGGCGCUUGAGGGUUGAGUCGAGACGGGGACGGAUC